GAGUUCAGUUCUCUCUCAGUUAGUAUCAAGUAGGUGCGCUUCCUAUAGGGAUUUAAUAGAUUCUUUGAUGAUACUCGGUUUGAUUCGUCAUUAAAUUUUUUUACACUACUUGCAUUACUUACCUGAAAUUUUAUUAGAAUUUUAGGUUCAUUUUUUGAAAAUUUUCGAACAUUUGACAAUUUUGUGAAAAAAUCCUGUGGUUAUAGGUGAUAUAUUGUUAUAGUCUGUGUUCUUUUUUUUUUUUUUUACCUAAAGUUUAAUAACUAUAAUUUGUGAAAAAUGAAUAGAUCUGGAGUUUUAACGAUCUUUCUUGUUCUGCUUUUUACACGAGGUUUUUCAUACCCAAAUGUUAAAACUGCGGACUAUGCAGACGACACUCCUGACGAUGAUGAUGAUGAUGAUUCUGAAACUAAUAAUCCAAAGGAAGAAAAUAGUAAACCAAUUCGAUUGAUAUCGAAAGAUUCAACUAUUGAAGUUUUUCCUGAUGAACAAAUAAUUCUACCCUGUGAAACAGUUAAUGGAGAUGAUCCAGUGGUAACGUGGAAUAGAAAAAUUAAAGGCGACAAUGAUGUAUUAUUUUUUGGUGAUGCUUCUUUAAUUCAAGAUGAAUCGGACAAAAUGAGAAUAAGCAGAACUCACAAUAACAGUCUUGUGAUUAAAAAUGCACGAAUUGAAGAUAGUGGAACUUAUGUGUGUCAAUUGAAUGUUGCUGCAAUUGAAAAUAAUCCAAAUAAUGUCACAUAUACUGUUCGUGUUAGUAACAAUCAACAAACAUUGAAAAUAUCACCUGGAAAAUCAGUUACAGUUAAUGAACGAGAAGAUAUAAUGUUGAGUUGCAAUAUUGUUAGUAAAGAAGAUCCUGUUUCUCUUAUCUGGACUCAUGGAAGUCACAAAUUGCAUCCGACAUUGAGACAAAAUAAAAUGGCUCAAGUUCACAUAAAACACGCUACCAGACAUCAUGCUGGAUUUUAUCAAUGUUUGGCAGAUUUUGGUCCAGGAAGAGAUCCUCUUCAUAAUGUUAUUGAUGUUUCAGUUCGAUAUGCUCCUGAAGUAGAGGUUUUACAUGAAUAUGUUCACAGUGGAAUUGGAGAAACUGCAAAUUUAACAUGUGUUGUUCAUGCUUUUCCAGUUGCAAAUAUUUCUUGGUACAAAAAAGAAGGAGAUGCUUCAAAAUUAAUUUCCAAUUCAAAUCAUAUUGAUAUUAAAGAUGGCAAACAUAUUCAUAAUCUUACCUUGAAGGACAUUCAAAAACAUGAUUUUGGAAAAUAUCUUUGUAGAUCAAGUAAUGUUUUGGGAACUCAUCAAAAAGAAGUAGAACUCACUGGAUCUCCUUCAAGAGCUAGAUUCUUUGAACGUUAUUUAAAAGAUGAUGAUAAAACUAUUGUUCUCAAGUGGGAAGUUGAAAGUUUCUCACCCAUUACCGGUUAUGAAUUGAGGUAUCGCAAAAAUGAAAACAGUGACUGGAUAGUAGAGAAGCCUAAUAGAGUUAUUUCCGGAAAUGAAGUCAAUAAAUAUAUUGCUGAACACGCUAUUCAUAAUUUGGAACCUGAUACAUACCAUUUUGAACUUAGAUCACAAAAUAAAUUCGGUUGGUCCGAAUAUUCGAUAGCAGAAUCAAUUGAAGGACCAAUGCCUUUGAUGUCAAAUGAUGUUGAAAGUGGAUAUAAUUUGCAAAAAGCAGGAAUCGGACCAAAUGGAGCAUCUUCAUCACAACCAAUAAUGUUUUUAUUAGCAUCACUUCUAGUCGUGUCAGUUCUUUGCAAAAAUCUUUAAUUCGCCUUCCACGUCAUUUUAAUCUACGUAGGUAAAUUGCUUCAGCCAAAGCAUAUUAUAGCAACGAACGGUAGAUUAUUUUUUAAAAAAUGUACCUGUAACAGGUGUUUUCCAUCAGUUUUGUUGGAAUAAUCGUCUUAGAGAGGCAGCAUAUAUUUUUCAUAUAUAUAUAAUUGAAAACGCAGCAAUUUUUUUUUUAGAAUAACAUCUCUUGUAAAUAAAACUAAAUAAUACGAUAAAUUGUCGUAUUGCGUCCAUGUAUAUUUUAGCUUUUACUUUAUUGAUAUUUAAACAAGUGAAAGAUUAUAUAUAUUAAUAAUAUAUGUACUCUAGAAUCUUUUUAUUUUAUUGUUCGAUUUUAAAACGUUCAAAUUGUCACUUUUUAAAAUGAUGACCUAAUAAUUUUUUAUUAUACACAAAAAAUUCUUUAUUUAUAAACAAAAAGAAUAAUUGAAAAUUAUAAUUUUGGAUUCUUUUGAAAAUUUUUUGGUUUCAAAGUGUAUCAAGUGCCUUUUUAUGAGAGUAUUCAGUUUGUAUUCAACAAGCUUCGUCACUCUUAUGGGUGUGCCAUUAAUUUUUAUACAUAUACAAACUGUCUGAAUAUGAGUCAAUGAGUUUUCACUGGUUAGCAGUGAAUGAACUAGUUAUGUAUGUACAGUCACUGGUAUAAUCAGUUACUUUCUCACUGAUUCAAAUUUAGAGCACUCUAACUCUCCUACGGCUUUUUCCCAUUACUUAAUACAAUGAAGCGUAAUUUUAUUAUAAAAUUCUGAUCAUUGCAAUUUUAUUAUAUUACUAAAAACAUGCAGAUUUAUUUUGAUUUUUGACAUAAAGGAAAUAUGUAUAUUUGGAAUAAACCGUAUUGGAGGAGUUAUUAAUAGAUCAAACUAACUAGAAACAAAGAAAGAUGCAAUAAAAAAAAUAUAUAUUUUUCAAUAUAAUAUAUAAUCUAAUUAAUAUUACAUUUUCAUAAAUUCUGCACUUUGAAAAAAUUAAUUAUCGAUCGACUCUACCAACUUACUGUUGUCUUAAAUAUACGCUUCCAAUUUUCAGGAAAUUCAUGUAGGUCGAAAAGAAAAAAUUUACAAUUAAACUUAUAUUCUAGAAUUAAAUUCUAGAUGUUAAAUGAAAGAAUUGUAUUAGAUUAAAAUUUUUAAUUGUAAAUAGUUAAUUACAUAAUACAAAAAAAAGAAUAAUUUUUUUACAAUACAGUUUCGAAGAAUAAAGAAUAUUUUUAUUAAAUAUGAAAUCCUGAAAAAUAUAUACAAAUAUCUCAUAGUAUUCACAACUCUAUAAUAGUCUACAUAUAUAAAAAUAUUAUUAUAAUUAUUAUUAUUAUUAUUAUUAUAUUGUAAUUUAUUUUUGUAUGCUUGAGAUAAUCGUAUUUUUCUUGCUGGCUUGAUAUCUUCCAAUUUUCAAAUAUAAAAGUUAUUCAUUUUUAGAUAAAUAAAAAAAAAAUUAAUUUCAAAAAUUUUCUUUCAAAUUAAAUUUGAAAAAAAUCUAUUGUAUGUUACCUAAGAUAUUUAAUGUAAUAUGUGUGUAUGUCUGUUUGUGUGAUUGUGUGACACGUAUUAUAAAUUGUAUGCAUGAAAAAUAAUUUGGCUAAUAUUAUUCCGUCAUUUAUAUUUCGACAAAAGUCAUCAUUUAAAAUAUAAAAUCAUGUUUUAAGAGAAAUUUUUUAAUAUAAUUAUUUUUAUUUCGUACUAAACAAACUUUGUUUCAAUUUUUUUUUUUUAAAUUAAUUAAUGACUUUAGUCGAAAUAUAAUGAAAUAUAAUUAUUAGUUAUAUUAAAUUUAAGCGUAAAAACUAAUAAUGUAAAUUACCGCUAAUCGUGCUUCUGUAUAGCUUCUGUAUACGGUAAUUUGUAUUAUACAUUUGCAAUUUUAUAUGUAGAUUUGAAUAGAGGAAAUAAUUAGUUCAGUUUAGGUCUGAUGUCGAUUGAGAGUUUCUUAUAAUAUGUACUAUUCAAAUACUAUUUGUAAAUUAUGUUUAUGCGUUAAUUUACGAAAUCUUCAUUAUUUUUGUGAUACAUUUAUAAAACGAUGAAAGGUUUUUUUUUUUUUUUUUUACUUAUAAUCCUUUUUUUUAAAGGUGUAUCACGCAUAGUAGUUCUUAUUGAAAAUUUCUUAGGUUUCAUAAAAUUCGAAUUCAAAUGAAAAAUCAAAAUAGAAAUUUUCAAUAAAUGCUAAGUACUUAUUUAGUUGACUUUCAUAAGACUUUUUAUCGCCAAAUGUAUUCAAAAGAGCUAAACAGACAAAUUAUUUUACUUUAAGCAGGGAAUAAUUUUAAAAAUGUACUGAAAUUUGUAAAAGAUAUUUUGAAACAUUAUAUAUAUAUUAUAUAAAUUAGCAAUACAAUGUCAUAUAAGAUGCAAUAUUUCAAUUGAAGUCAACCAACAUUUGAAAUGAAUUUAUUUAAAAUUAAUUCCGUUCCAUUUCUCUGGCGGAAUGCUUACCAUUGCCUUAAUGUUAUAAAGUUGUAUAACCUUAUAAAAGAAUAAAAAAAAUAUAUGAGAA